AUGUUGGGGGAGUGUGGAGCUAUAAAGACGAACCUCCAGCUUUCAGAUCACACCAGAAGAAGAGGACUGUAUCUCCAGAUGGCUUCUCUCACAGUGAGCGGGCAUCAGAACCACUCGGUGCCCAGACGGUCUGCCUUCACCAUCGACAGCAUCCUGGGACUCGACAGACCGGAUCAGAGAACCAUCCUGUCAGCACCUUACCGACCCUGGACAGACGUGAAACCAGCAUGCCAGAACCGUGGCGUGGUCGCAGACAGUGAUGCUUCAGUGGAUGUUAGGGUGAAUGAAGACAGUAAAUCUUACAGUAAAUCCCCAGCAGACUCGUACAGGAGAACACUGAACUGGUACAUCGGGCGCCGGCCGCGAACGGCCUUCUCUAGUGUCCAGAUCAAGAUAUUGGAAAGUGUGUUUCAAGUGAACUCCUACCCGGGCAUUGAUAUACGUGAAGAACUUGCUAAGAAACUGCAUCUAGAUGAGGACAGAAUCCAGAUUUGGUUUCAGAACAGAAGAGCGAAGCUGAAGCGUUCAUACAGAGAAUCUCAGUUUCUCAUGGUGAAAAACGUCCUCAGUGAUUUACAAACCAGCAGAGAAGAACACUGAUAGCUGCAGAUCCACAUUUGUUCUUCUUCUUCUUAUU